ACAAACAUGAUGACAUGGGUAAAAAGAGCUUCCUGUUAUCUGCAUGUUAAAUAUCUCUGCAGAUGUGAUCGCAGCAUCUCACUUCUUUAAUCUUUCGACUCUGAGGGACUGUAAUCAGGAUGGACCUGAUAGAGAUUGAUGAGAGCGAACAUCUGACCAAGAACUUCACAAUGAAAGGCCUCAUGACAAAAGUGGAUCUUCGCAGAGGAAAGCCUCCCUCCAGAUGUGUCUCUGUGUGUCUUGGAUUAAUUUUUGCUCUUCUGGCUGGAAACAUAGGUCAGCUUCUCUACUAUCACAUGUUCAUCCAUCCCAUGUCAGCUGACUUGAUUCAGGCUGGAGCUGCAGAGAAGCUACAGUUAGAGGACACAUUGACUAACCUGACAGAGAACAAAGACCAGCUGCAGAAAAGCUACAACACCUUAGAACAAGAGAAGGAUCAGUUACAGACAAACUAUAGUAACAUGCAGAAGAGCUCUGAUGAACUGCAUAGAGAAAAGCAUGAGUUGCAGAGGAAUUAUUCCUCUCUGGAGACGAGCUACACUGAUCUGAAUCAGAGCAAAUAUCAACUUCAGAGCAGAUACCAAUCACUGUCCAGAGACAAGGAUGUAUUAGAGCAGAGUUACAAUGAUCUGAGGAGGAACAAUGAGCAGUUACAGACAAACUACAGCAGUUUGGAAACAAUUAGAGGUGGCCUGACCAAAGAGAGAGACCAGAUGGAGCAAAGCUACAGCAUCCUGAAACAAGAGAAAGAUCAGCUGCAACUAAACUGUGAAGGCGUGCAGAGGAACCUGACCAACCUGCAGAGAGAAAAGCAUGAGUUACAGAGGAAUUAUUCCUCACUGGAGGGUGACAAGGACCAGCUGCAGAAAAACAACAACGACUUACAGAGCCGAUAUAAUACUCUGCAGAGGGAGAAAGAUCAGCUGAGAACUGACUACAACAGUCUAACAGCAGAGAGAGAUCAGUUACAGCAGAGGGUCAACAGGCUGACUCGGGCUUGUCCAUCAGGCUGGAACAAGUUUGGUGAAAGCUGUUUUUUUCUUUCAAAAACAUCGAGAAGUUGGCAAUCAAGCAAAAACUUCUGCAACUCCAAAGGAGGUGACCUGGCAAUCUUAAACAGCAGAGAUAAAAUGAUGUUUGUCAAAGGGUUGCUGGAGGUACACGUGCAUGCCUGGAUCGGUCUGACUGACAGCGUUAGUGAGGGGACCUGGAGGUGGGUGGAUCAGACCAAGACCACAACCACAUUCUGGGGGCCGUCGCAGCCUGACAACUGGAAAAACACAGAAGACUGUGGAGAAAUACGGAGGACAGGAAAUGAUGUCGACUGGAACGAUAGUAAUUGUAAUUCUGAACGUUUCUGCAUCUGUGAAAGGUCCCCGUAAUAUAAAACACAUCUCCAUGAAAAUCAUCCCUUCUAGUUUAUAGACCCAGAAAUGUUCUUCAUUCUCAUUCCUGAUUAAAACAGGAACGCCUCGCUGCAGUCAUCUGUGGAUAAUUCCAGAUACUGAACGUCUAGCAGAUGACUGGAUUGACUUUAAUUAACUGAACUAUUGCUCAGUUUUAAAUCAGAUUUGACUGCUUCUGAUGCUGAACUAUUCUGUACUCUUACACAACAAUUUUUUUCUGUUUGAUGGAUUUGAAUGAAUUUAAAUGACUGAAUAAUAAUGAUUAAUCCCAAUAAUGUGUUUCAAGGCAUACAUGCAUUUGUGUUAUUACUCGUCUGUCCAAAACUCUGAUGCUAACAUAAUGCUAUGGCUGUAUCUUUCUAUAAAAAUGUCAAAUGUCUUCUUUUCUAAUAUACUUUUUUUUUAAUAAACAGGAUAAUGAAACCA